AUGAGCUUGUGGGUGGACAAAUACCGGCCUACCACCCUUAAUAAAUUAGACUACCACAAAGAUCAGGCGACUCUGCUAAAAAAACUGGUGAAUCGGGGUGAUUUCCCUCAUCUUCUUAUCCAUGGACCUUCUGGUGCUGGAAAGAAGACCAGAGUGAUGGCUCUUCUUCGAGAGCUCUAUGGUAAUAGUGUGGACAAGUUAUCUAAUCGAGUGUACAAUUUUGUUACUCCGUCGAAAAAGAAACUGGACAUCAUGACCAUUUCCAGUAACUAUCAUAUUGAAGUGAACCCCAGUGAUGUCGGUGUUCAAGAUCGUGUGGUUAUCCAGGAACUCAUAAAGACUGUUGCCGAAGUCAACCAACUUGAGACAAGCAGCCAACGAGAUUUCAAAGUGAUUGUCUUAAACGAAGUUGAUCGCUUGACCAAAGAUGCACAGCAUGCUCUCCGACGUACAAUGGAGAAAUACAUAUCAACUUGUCGGAUUAUCCUUAUUUGUAAUUCCACCAGUAAAGUGAUCCCAGCUAUUAAAAGUCGAUGUUUGGGCAUUCGUGUUCCGGCACCCUCUAUUGAUCAGAUGUGUCAGGUGUUACAGAUGGUGUGCAAAAAAGAAGGCCUCGUAUUGCCCUCGGAGUUGGCCAAGAAAAUCUCUGAGAGCAGCAGAAGAAACAUGAGGCGAGCCCUUUUAAUGUGUGAAGCAUGCAAAGUACAACAGUACCCCUUCAGUGUUGACCAAGAGGUAGUCGAGCCUGACUGGAAACUUUACCUGCAAGAAACAGCAGCCAUGAUGGUUCAACAGCAAAGUCCCCAAAGACUUCUUGAAGUCCGUGAACGGCUUUAUGAACUGCUUACACACUGCAUACCACCAGACAUAAUCAUGAAAGGAUUUACCAAUUUUUUUUUUUUUUUUUUUUUUACAUGGCUUUGUUUUUCUGAACUGAGCGCAACUGACAAUAUUACUGAGAUGUCCCAGGUCUCCCAUGGCAGUACCCCCCCCCUCAUUGCACUAAAGAGGGGGCAUUGGUAG